CAACAUUGGUCUCCUCGUAUUUAGUUCAACUUUUAUUUUUAAUUUUAAUUAAAAUCUUGUGAUAAUUUAGAAAAAAAAAUCUAAUAAACAACAGCUCAACAAUGCGAAUGUACAUUCUUCCUUAUGCCGCCUUGUGCGCUUUAUUAUUAUCAUCAUCAUUAUGUUUAGCUGAAGAAGAAAAAAAAGUAGAGGAAAAAGCUGCUGCCCCUCAAGAAAAUAAAGCUGCUGAAUCAACUAAUAAAGAAAAACGUGGAUUACAUCAUUCAUUAGGUGAUUGGGAUCAUCAUGAUCAUCAUGAACAUCAUGAACAUAUUAAAACUAUAACAAUUGAAAAGAAAAUUCCUGUACCAUAUACAGUAGAAAAACAUGUACCAUAUACAGUUGAAAAGAAAGUACCAUAUGAAGUUAAAGUACCAGUACCACAACCCUAUGAAGUUAUUAAAAAAGUACCAGUACAUGUUAAAGAAUAUGUUAAAGUACCAGUACAUGUACCAAAACCAUAUGAAGUUAUUAAAAAAGUUCCAUAUGAAGUAAAAGUACCAGUUGAUAAACCAUAUGAAGUUAAAGUACAUGUUCCCCAACCCUAUGAAGUUAUUAAGAAAAUCCCAUAUGAAGUUAAAGUACCAGUACCACAACCCUAUGAAGUUAUUAAGAAAGUACCAUAUGAAGUAAAAGUUGAAGUACCAGUACCAAAACCAUAUGAAGUUAUCAAAAAAGUACCAGUUGAAGUUAAAGUACCAGUUGAUAAACCAUACAAAGUUUACGUAGAUAAACCAUAUCCAGUUGAAGUAGAAAAACCAUAUCCAGUUGUUGUUGAAAAGAAAGUACCAUAUGAAGUAAAAGUACCUGUUGAUAAACCAUACAAAGUAUAUGUUGAAAAACCAUACCCAGUUCAUGUUAAAGUACCAGUACCACAACCAUAUAUUGUUGAAAAGAAAAUUCCAUAUACUGUAGAAAAACCAGUACCAUAUGAAGUUAAAGUACCAAUUGAUAAGCCAUAUCCAGUCUAUUCAGAAGUAAAGGUGCCAGUACAUAAAGAAAUUCCAGUCCCAGAAAAAUAUCAUGUUGAAGUACCACAUAUACCACAUAAAGAAGAACAUCAUCAUCAUAUUGAACAUAUCGAACAUCAUGAUUAUGGACAUGGACAUGGACAUUUUUAGGAACAACAUAAAUAAAAACGAAAUUAAAAUAACAUCAAUACAUUAAAAAUUCAUAUUUAAAUUAAAAACAACAUUAAAAACAACAAAAAUUUUACAAAAAACAACAAGAAACAUCAAACAGUAUUUUAUGGGGGGAAAAAAAAAUAUAAUAAAUUAUUAAAUGAAGGAAAAUUGUACACAAGAAAAUUGUACUAAAACACUAUUAUAUAUAGAACAAGUAUAAAUUAAAAUUAUUAUUCGGAGCGUAUAAUAAUUAAAUUUAUAAAAGCUUGUCCUUUACCUAUGUACACAGCAUUGUUUAAAAUUGAGCUGAAGAGUGAUUUUUUUUCUUAAUUUUUUUUUUUUGUUUUUUUUACUUCUAUUUUAAACUAACAAGUAAAUUUUCGAAGUAGAAUAUCUUAAUUUACAAAGUAGCAAACAAUGAAAAGAAAGAAUUUUUAAGAAAAUUUCUUUUUUAUUUCAACAAAAAAAAGUACUUUUUUGUUUUUAAUUAUUUGUACUUUUUUUCAAAAAAAAAAAAUAUUUUUCUGACAAAAUUUUCGACAACUAAAAUUUCUAUGAAAAAAUCGUACUAA